AUGGAUGCACCGGAGAGCCUUAAAUCGGAGCCGGGGUUGGAAAAGGAUCCGCACCGGCUGAUGCUGCAACGACUCAACUACGAGCUCCAUCAGCGGAAGGAGCUGGUUCGCGCGCGGGAGAUGCUGGAAAUCCGUCGGCGGACGCUCCAGGAGAGCAUCAGCAGCCGGAAAAAGUUUCUGGGCAGCCUUCCCGGGCAGCUGAAAGCCUUGAAGAAAGCAUCCGGUCCGCUUCAACAGCAAAUGGGGAUGCAGCACUCGCGGCGGGUGAAGCAACACCGCUUAGCGUCCCUCCUCCCUCCGCCUCUUUACGUUCUGUACUCGCAAUUAGCUGCUCGGAGGGACUCGUUAGAAGAAGCUAUCGAGGUGGAAAUUGAAGGGAGCGUUAGAGAAGCGGAAGCCUUUGCUGCUAUGGUGGAAGAGAGAGAGGCAGCAGCAGCUGCUGCGGCAGCAAGGGGAGGUGGUGAGGAGGGUCAGAUGGGGGAGGAAGAAGAGGGGGAGGAGGGAGAAGCGGAGAGAGAGCGGGAGGAAGAGGAGGAGGAAGGUGACGGGGGAGCGAAGCAGGCGCAAGUGAAUGCGGGGAUCGGCGCAGCUGACUUGAUCGGCGCUGUGGAUUCCCCCCAUCCGCUGGUGGUGGUGCUCCGCCUGCUGGACGCGCGGGGGAGGGCGGAGCGGGGGAACGCGGAGGCUGUCGGGCAGGGCGGGGAGCGCGGGGCGGAGGAGGAGGAGAAGGAGAAGGAGAAGGAGAAGGAGAAGGAGAAGGAGAAGGAGAAGGAAAAGGAGAAGGGGAAAGAGAGGGAAAAGAGCAAGGCGAGAGACAAGGAAGACGGCCAACAGCCCGCGCUGCUAGUGCUCCGCUUCGAAAUGCUCUGGAACCUCGGGGUCAUCUGCGACUCAGGCCUUCUCUUCCCGAAUAUGGCUAAGGAGCCGUUGGCAAGGGAGAGUGGGUUUGUGGCGGCUCUACCUGCGCGCCUCUCCCGCCCAUACUACUGGGCGCAGCUCAUGUGUGGCCUGGAUUUCCUCCCGCCCCUUCCCCCCUCCUUCCUGCUUCCCUCUGGCUCCUCUGCCGCUGCUGGCACGGCAGUGGCAGCGGCGAGAGAGGGAGGGGCAGCGGAGGCAGGGCCGGGGGGAGCACGGGCACAGCUGCUGGAACGGCUAGAGGCGUUCAGGGAGGAGCGGCGGCUGGGGCGAGUGCUGCAGGCGAUGAGGGAGCGAGUGACGGCCGCGAGAGAGCUCAAUGCGGUUCUCUCCUCCCUCGUUACAAGCAGACUCCCCACAAUCACGCCUUCCCAUGCCACUGUCGGCCCCUACUCCUCCGGGCCCUGGCCAGAAGAUUCCGGGUACCUUCCCCAAUGCUCCAUUCUGAGCUGGCAGCUUCUCAUUGGCCCGCUGGGGUUCCCAAACGCCAAGUGUAGCAGCCAGAUUGGGGGAAAGGCUGAAGAGGGGGAUUUGGCUAGUGGGAAGGGGGGGGAGAAGAGAGGGAAGGAGAGGCGAGGGGAGGGGAGGAGCGAGAGGGAGGGGGAGAAGGAUAGGAGUGACAUGAAAGGAGAUGAGAAGAAAGGGGAAGAGAAGAAAGGGGAUGAAAGGAAAGGGGACGAGAGGAAAGGAGACGAGAAGAAAGGGGAUGAGAGGAAGGGGGAGAAGGGAUCAGGGGAGGAUGGAUCGUCUCGCGGCCGAGGAGAAGGCAUAGGAAGAGGGAAAGGUAGAGACGAGGCUGCCGGGAGGCUGGCUGUGGGUGGAUUUGGAAGAGAGAGCAGUUUGCCAGUUGGUGGGUUGGGAGGAGAGGGUGGUUUGCUGCCUGGUGCUAUGCUUGCCCAGGCUCUGGUGAUAGCACAGCGGAGGAGAUUGGGUGGACUGGCCGGUGCAGUAGGGUUGGGAGGGGUGGCAGGGCUGGCAGGGAUAAGUGAGCUUGAAGGGGGGUCAGGACGGAAGGGGGAGGGCGGGGGGAAGAAGCGGGAGAGUGAGGGGAAGAGCAGCGGCAGGGAGAGGAGGAGCAGCAGGGAGGGCAAGGAGAAGAGCGAUGAGGAUGGAGAGAAAGGGAGAGGGGGAGGGAGUAAGCGAGAAACUGAGGGUAAAGCACCAGCAUCAGGAGCCAUAGCAGCAGCAGCAGGAACAGAAGCAGCAGCAGAGGGACCUGCAGGGGACGGGCAGGGCAGGGGGGGCAGCGGGGGGAGUGGGGGGAGUGGGGGGAGUGGGGGCGUGGAAGGUGGGGAAGGCGUGGAGGGGGUGGUGUGGGUGGCGUUGCCGUGGUCGUGGGCGGCAGCACAUGGUAUCCAUCCGUCCACCCCUGCUGCUGUCUCCUGGGAGACUGUCCUGGGGGCCGGUGCCUGUGUGUAUGAGCUCAUUGUGAGGGGCGCGGGGGGCGGAGGGGCCGGAGGGGGUGGUGGAAGUGGUGGGAGUGGAGAGCGGAAGGGGAGGAAGGAGGAGGGCGAGAGGGGUGUGUGUUACCUGCAGGCACUGGUCGUCAUCUAUCCUGAUUUCCCUCGCCGCCCUCCUCUCUUCUCCCUCCACCUCCUCUCCCCGACCACUUCAUCUGCGCAUCAGCAACCCCUCCUCCCCUCCUCCACUGCCCAAGUCACACUCACCCCAUCUGCAUCACCCCCCUCCUCCCAUGCCUCCUCACUGCUGGAUGGGCUGUUUUCUCUCGAGUCCGAGUGA